AUGCUAUCCAAAUCUUCCGAUCCGUUGUGUCAAUACAAAAUCAUUCCACAGAAUGAUGAAAAUGAUGAAAAAGAAUGUCAAAAGCUUCUGGAGAAUGAAGACAUUCAAAAUAAUCAGAAAUGUUUAGUUAUCAUUCUAUCAUUGUCAUUUUUUCUCACUUUCGGACUAAUUUUCGUAGUUUUCAUGCCCAUACCACUAGAUGCACGGUUUUUGAGACCCCUCACCACGGUUACCACCGGAAUGCUCAUCAUUUUUUCAAAGAAUGACCAAAAAAUCUUGUCAAAUCGAGUUUUGACCUACUUUGGAGAUGUUUCAUAUGCAUUGUAUCUGGUGCAUUGGCCAAUGUAUGCAUUUUGGAAAUUGACAGAGGAUGGCGAUGAGAUUGCACUUCUUCUCACCCUUUUCGCUUCCAUCAUUCUUUCUAUCAUUAUCCAUGAAGCUUAUGAAAAAUGGUAUCUCCAACAAUGCACCACGAUCAUUGCAAUGCUCACUGUCAUUCUGUACAUGCUCAAUAUCAUUCUGGUCAAUAAGAAUGAAAUUAUCGAUAAAUUGGAAGGGAGCUCUCAGAGAUAUGGAAUAUUGGAUAAUGUCACCGACGAAAUGACAAUGACCGAUGCCGCCCAUCUCAACCAUAUCUGGAGUGUCAAUGACUAUGCAAACCUCAACACCCCGUAUUGUGAAUAUGAAUCCGGAGGACCACUUGGCUGGUGUAGACAUAAGGGUUUGAGCGGAAAAUACAAGGUGAUGAGCAUUGGAAACAGUUGGGCUGCUAAUCACGCAACAAUUUUUCAUGAGGAAUGCGGGCACAUUGCGAAAAGUAUAUUGCAAGGAUCAGCGUCUGCUUGCGAACCACUGUACCCAUCCCGUCAGUCAGAAGCGUGUCGUGCUAACUUCACGGAUUUCGAGGAAAACGUCAGAUUAGAAAAACCUGAUUAUGUCUUCAUGUUUACCAGAUUCAUUUCCAUCGGGGACCCUCUUCCACCAAAUGUCACCAGUUUGGACUUGGACCCUAUCUACCAAAUAAUGAAAGCUCAAAUGCUGAAAAUGAUCGAAAAUGUUUCCCAAAAAAUGUACAUUCUGCAUUCAAUGCCACGUCCGAAUGCAAAUUAUAUCGAGCGCAUUGUCCCAAUGAUGAGGAGAGGUGUUCCGACUGAGUUUAUUGAUAAUCUUCUUGUCGACCACACCAUGUACCAUCUCGCCCGUCGCCGUUACUCCCAACUAGAAAAGGAUUGUGGUGGAAAAUGCAUUCUAGUCGAUUAUGACCCGGUAUUCUGGAAUUCAACUAUUCAAAAUUUCCGGUUUUUUGACAAUCGGGGAGUCUCAUAUUUUACCACUGUGACUCACCUGUCUCCGAGGGGGUUGGAGCAUGUUAGGCAUGUCUGGACGGAUGUUUGCAGGAAAAUCAUCUAG